GGCCGAUCAGUUCAGCUUUCAGUCAACCGUCUAUCGCCGUGGAUUUCAGCAGAAAUAUGGAACGAAUAAUGGCUGCACUACUACUGGUGGUCAUUGCCCUGGUGGCGUUCACACGUGGAGAAGUGAUUAAAUAUCAGAGUUGUUCCGAACCCGUGAAAUGCACGGUGCAAGAGGUCCGUGUGGAUCCGUGUCCGGAAGCGGCACAGGAUAAGCCCUGUCUGAUGUUGAAAGGUAGCAACGCUACCAUUGCCUUCGACUACACACCGGAGUUCGAUGCACAAACGGCCACAGCGAAAGCUUUCUGGACUCAAACGGCCAUGGAUUUACCGUUCGCCGGAAUGGACAACGAAGGUUGCAAGUACACCAGUUGUCCGAUCGUUGCCGGCCAGCGGCAGAGCUACUCGUACAAUCUUCCCAUUCAGAAGAAGUAUCCUAGCCGAACCUUUGACGUCAAAUGGCAGCUAAUGAACGAGGCGGAGGAAAUGUGCUGCUUCAUCAUUCAGAUUGCUAUCAAGGACAAGAAGGCUAAAAAGGGACGAAACUGAGUCCCAAACUACCUCCUCCUAUUAUACUGUUGCUGUUGUGUUUUGCCGUGAUGUUCUGGCACAAAAAGUCAAGCAUAAACGAAAUCGAAUCAACCAUCGUUUACGUAGAGCGAUAGAGCGUUUGGAAUUAAUUAAAUAUACAUUUUUGUUCAACAGUCGUUUCCCUACAUCGUUGGUGAAUGCAGAAGUGAAGAAUGAAAAUGAUAACAGCCAAAUAAGUUGUGUUGGUGAGUUAACUGAUAUGAUAUUUCGAAAAUUAACGCCAGUGAAAUUAAAACGAUGCACGGUGAUUUAAACAAUCAAAAUUGAAAAUCACAUCAACUCGAUUGUGAAUUUCGGCGGAAACACCUAA